CGAGCCCACCGGCGGCCGCGGCGGGGCGGGCAGCCAUGGAGCCGCGGGCGCUCGUCACCGCUCUCAGCCUCGGCCUCAGCCUCUGCUCCCUGGGGCUGCUGGUCACGGCCAUCUUCACCGACCACUGGUACGAGACCGACCCCCGGCGCCACAAGGAGAGCUGCGAGCGCAGCCGCGCCGGCGCCGACCCCCCGGACCAGAAGAACCGCCUGAUGCCGCUGUCGCACCUGCCGCUGCGGGACUCGCCCCCCCUGGGGCGCCGGCUGCUCCCGGGCGGCCCGGGGCGCGCUGACCCCGAGUCCUGGCGCUCGCUGCUGGGGCUCGGCGGGCUAGACGCCGAGUGCGGCCGGCCGCUCUUCGCCACCUACUCCGGCCUCUGGAGGAAGUGUUACUUCCUGGGCAUCGACCGGGACAUCGACACCCUCAUCCUGAAAGGGGCAAGGAGAAGAGAGAAUUAUUCUAAGCUUUCAAAGACCAGGACGCUAAUACGUCAAAGAAGACAAGGGAUUGCGCAGCGAUGUACAGCUAUCAAGUACCACUUUUCUCAGCCGAUCCGCUUACGAAACAUUCCUUUCAAUUUGACCAAGACAAUACAGCAAGAUGAAUGGCACCUGCUUCAUUUAAGAAGAAUCACUGCCGGCUUCCUGGGCAUGGCUGUGGCUGUCCUGCUCUGUGGCUGCAUCGUGGCCACGGUCAGCUUCUUCUGGGAGGAAAGCCUGACCCAGCACGUGGCUGGACUCCUCUUCCUCAUGACAGGAAUAUUUUGCACCAUUUCCCUCUGCACUUACGCUGCCAGCAUCUCCUAUGAUUUGAACCGGCUCCCGAAGCUAAUUUAUAGCCUGCCUGAUGAUGUGGAACAUGGCUACAGCUGGUCUAUCUUUUGUGCCUGGUGCAGUUUAGGCUUUAUUGUGACAGCUGGAGGUCUCUGCAUCGCUUACCCAUUGAUUAGCCGGACCAAGAUUGCACAUCUAAAGUCUGGCAGGGACUCCACAGUAUGACUGUCCACGCUCAAGUUCACUGCUCGGUGGCCCGUCCACAGCGCGGACCACUCUCGAAGGGGAUGGAGCAGAGUUCGAGUCAGCAUCCUAAGCACAAAACUGGUCUUUUUUGUCAUAGACCAAAAACGGUCAUUCCAGCCUGUUGCCUGCCAGCCCCUUCUGGAUGACUGAUAGCAAAUCCUGCAAAAAACCUCCAUACCUUUCCAAGGACGAAACUACAGCGGAUUCAAGUGCUUUAAUGACUAUUUAUUCUUUGACUGUGAGGUGUGGGGAGCAGUGCCAUGGAGCAUUUGAAUUUGGAACAAGAGGGGACCUCGAUGGAAAAAUUUGUAUGAUGGCCAUUUAUUUCAGAAAGUUUGUAUAUAGCAAUUACCCGAGAGUCAUUUCUAUUUGCAGAGGGAUUCAUAACAAAGCGAGUAUCAUUUUCUUGUCAUUGGACCGUGCUUGUUAAAUUUUAAUGCGGCACCUUCAGAACUUGUCCUAAUGGUGUCUUGUUGUGUCAGCACCAAGUAUUUGUGCAUUAUUUGUGGAUGUUCCUUGUGACAGGAAGGUUCUUCUGUUGCCUUAUUUAUUUUUAAUUGAAGUCUUUUCUUCGUCUUUAUGCUGGUAUCAAAAAUCAUAAGAGAAACAGAUCAACCGUGGAAGAGCUAAUCUGUAAUACUAUGCAGUAUUUGAAGUCCUGUCUAUCGUUCAACCUGUCUCUUUAUGUUAACUGGAUUUCUGCAUUAAACAACUGCCCCCUUGUUAA